UAACUCAAAAAUAAGCAACUAUCAUAGAAUAAAAAUGAACAACCCACUCGAUAUAAUUAAAUUAACCAAAGAAGAAGAAUUCUUACACUGGAAGGCCCAUAUUAAAAUAUUCGCUGAAGAUGAAAACAGCACGGACAUUCUAUACGGUAGAAUCAACUUAUCAAACGCUGUAGAAUUAAUAAAUAGAAACAACCAAUACUCAGAAGAGACACAAAUGAAAAUAGACCAAACUACACCAUCAAACGAAGACACUAUCAACGCUGAAAAUAUAUAUAAGAAAGGAAACAGAAGAUUAUUCAACAUUUUAAUAAAAUCCAUAUCAACCGAUAUCUACAACAGAAUCGACAUAGACUCUGAAACAAGUAAUGCUUCCGCUCUUUUUCAAGAUAUCUGUAAACUAUUCGAACCAAAAGAAGACAUAGCAGCGCUAUACACAGACUUCAUUAACAGAACAUUUGCAUACGGAGAGGAUGCCAAGAGCUUUUAUAGGGACUUAAAGAAGUUAUUCAUCAAAUUACAAAAGGAAGGCAUCAUCACAGACGAAAAACUUCUGAAAUACAGAGCAUUACAGGCAUUACCAACCGAUUUAAAAACAAUGAAACGUCAAUACUUCGAUAAUUCAGACGACCUUAGCUAUGAUGAUCUAAUAAACAAAAUUGUGGAAGACUAUAACAAACAAAUCAAAUUAGAGCCACCAAAUAACAGUAAAUUGGUAAAUCAAGUCACUCAGCUAAAUCACAACAACGGAACGACACCAGAACAUGAACCAAACCAAAUAACCAAACUACUAAAUAGAAUCGAUACCAAAUCAUGCUCCUACUGUUUGAACAAUAACUAGAAAGCACCAUACACACACAGAGAAAAUGAAUGCGGACACCUACAUCCAGAACUUAAAAACAAACAUUUGAAUAAAAGACAGCUCAAUACAUUCGAGAAACACCGCUCCAUCGACAAUCCACACACACCAUCAAACUAUAAAUCUCAAUUAUCAUCUGAGAACUAUAAAACAUUACUAACGGGGCAUUUACCUCCUGAUGUCGCACUCUUCGAUCAAGGCUCAGACGUUACAUACACUUGCAGACUAGACCUACUCACUAACGUAAGACAACUCAACACUCCUGAAUGCUUCAGCACAAUUAACGGAGAUGCAAAAUCAUCACUCGUUGGAACAAUGCACCUCAACCUAGGAUAUCAGAACGGCACAAUCAGCUGGAUCGAAAAAGAAGCGUACUAUAGUCCACAUUACACUUCAACAAUCCUAUCGAAAAAGCUACUCGAAAAAUACAAUUUAUAUCUAUUUUACAAGCCACCAUAUCGGGCAACUUUCCACAACAGUCGUAACGAAGAACUCGUGUACGACGUGCCACUCACAAACGGAAAAUUACUUUUUAAACUCAAUGUAAAUUCAAUUUAUAACGUCCC